AUGACUUUCGAUUUAAAGCAAAUAGUGAGACCCAAGAUUUACAAUUUGGAAGCAUACCAUUGUGCAAGAGACGAUUUCACGGAAGGUGUCCUGUUAGACGCUAACGAAAAUGCUCAUGGCCCAACUCAACACGACGUUCCUAAGGAUGCUCAUUUACACCGUUAUCCAGACCCUCACCAAGUAGAAUUCAAGACUGCAAUGGCUAAAUAUCGUAAUACUACAAGUGCUUUCAAAGACCGUGACUUGGCUACCUUGACAAAUGAAAAUCUUUGUCUCGGUGUUGGGUCCGAUGAAAGUAUUGACGCCAUAAUCAGAGCUUGUUGUGUACCUGCUAAGGAAAAAAUUUUAGUACUACCACCAACUUAUUCCAUGUAUUCAGUUUGUGCGAAUAUCAAUGACAUUGAAGUUGUAGAAUGUCCCUUAAUUUAUGAAGAUAAUUCUUUUCAAUUAAAUUCAGAUAAAGUAUUGGAUAUUUUGAAGAAUGAUCCAUUAAUUAAAUUAGUCUUCAUCACAUCCCCAGGAAACCCAACCGGUGUCAAGAUUGAAACUAAAAGAAUUGAGAAAGUGCUCCAAAAUUGGGAUAAUGGGUUAGUUGUUGUCGAUGAAGCUUAUAUUGAUUUCUGUGGUGGAUCACUUGCACCUCUAGUGACUCAAUAUCAAAAUUUAAUAGUAUUGCAAACAUUAUCUAAAUCUUUCGGGUUGGCUGGUAUUCGUCUAGGAAUGACAUACGCUUCCAAACAAUUGGCUAAGAUUCUUAAUGCGAUGAAAGCACCUUAUAACAUUUCAUGUUUAGCAGCAACGUAUGCUUUAAAGGCUGUUCAAGAUGAUAACCUUCAAUUAAUGGAAAAGAAUGCACAAUUGAUAAAUAGUGAACAACAAAGGUUGUUGAAGGCAUUGACAGCGUUGGAAUAUGUAGACGAUCAGUAUGUGGGUGGAUUAGAUGCAAACUUCAUUAUGAUUAGAAUUAAUAAAGGUGAUAACCAUCUAGCGAAGAAAUUAUAUUUCCAUUUGGCAACUGAAGCUGGUGUUGUGGUUAGAUUUAGAGGUACUGAAUUAGGUUGCACCGGCUGUUUAAGAAUUACAGUGGGAACGAAGGAAGAAAAUGACAAACUAAUUAAAGAAUUCAAGAGAUUAUUAGUGGAGUUAACUGUCAACUAA